GUCCGUCCGUCCGUCCCUCUCGCCCCGCAGGAGCUUCCGACGCCACCCAGGUGUCCAACGGCAAGAGAAUGAGAACCGCGUUCACCAGCACGCAGCUCCUGGAGCUGGAGCGCGAGUUCUCUUCCAACAUGUACCUGUCUCGCCUGCGCAGGAUCGAGAUCGCUACCUACCUGAACCUGUCGGAGAAGCAGGUGAAAAUCUGGUUUCAGAACCGCAGGGUGAAGCACAAAAAGGAGGGGAAGGGCGCCCAGAGGAACAGUCACGCGGGCUGCAAGUGCGUGGGCAGCCAAGCGCCCUACGCGCGCUCUGAGGACGAGGACUCCCUGUCGCCCGCGUCCGGUAACGACGACAAGGAGCUCUCCCCCUUGUGAGGGGCCGCGCUCCCAGACCGGCUGCUCGGGCAGGCCUCCCCGCACCCCGCAGCGCCGACACGGGGGCGUCCGGGCGCCGGAAGUCUCUCCGUCGGGCCGUCCUCGCACCUGCAGAAGGAACGGGCGGAGCGUGCUGGGGAGUUCGGAGCUGGGCCUAACCCUCCUCUGGACCUUCUCAUGCGGGGCUCCAUUCGGAGUUGCAGAUAGUUUUUUUAAAAAUGUAAAUAAUCUAGAAUCCAACUUAGAGGAAAAACAGGGUUCUUUUAAGUCUAACACUGUACGGGGUUUCCGAAAGCACGUGUCAUUUCUCUGCCCGCCCAUCUUUCAGAACUUGAUGAGAGCAUGCGGUUUCCUCAUUUUUUGAUGCUGUUAUUUUGAAAUGAAAUCACUGAAGUUGCAAACAAGUUAGAAAAUUAAAUCCUGUAGGUCUUGCAUUCUGAAAAUCCAGCUGGGGAGAAUUGUAAAUCCAAGUCGCUGCAAGUCCCUUUGUAUGUGAAUAGUUUUAUAUAAAAUUUAU